AUGGGGUAUGGUCAGCUGACAGCCUACGGUGCAGAGCAGCAUCAUGAACUUGGGCGGCUGAUCCGCAAGAUGUAUUCUGGUUUUCUUCCUGAAAUUUAUCAUAAGGAUGAAGUAUUAUUUCGUAGUUCUGGCACUGAAAGAACACUCAUGUCUGCAAAUAAUUUUAUCAGGGGAUUUUAUCAACUAGAAAAGAAGAGCACUAAUCAACUUCCUCCUGUGUUCUCCAGAUUGACGCAUGAAGAUCAUUUGUUAAAAAUGUCUAGCAAAUUUUCUCGGAAGGCGAGUACUUUCAAAGAUUUCUUCUCGUAUCUGGAACAAGUUUCUGGUUAUGCUUUUCCUAAAGAAAAAGAUUCACCGGAAAACUUCUAUCCAGCAUGGCAUAUAUGUGAUCCUAUCACAAUAUGGGUAAAUCAUGCGUUUUCUUCACUUCCUCAAUGGGUAACUGACGAUGUCUAUAAAAAAUGUACCAGCCUUCUCGAUUAUAAGCAUUUCAUUCGAUUCUCUAGACCACAGUUGACAAGAUUACGAGGUGGGCCAUUGGCUGGUCAUUUGGUUGACUUAUUUCGUGAGCGUAUCAACAAGGAAGCAAAACAGAAUGAUAAUAAUAAUGCUCAUGAAAAUCCUUCGGAAAAGCGUAGUCGUCGUUUCGUUGCUUAUUUCGCACAUGACUCUACACUGGCAGCUUUGUUGAGUCACUUGGGUGUAUAUAAUGGGUUAAAACCCCCUUUGGCUAGCUGUUUAAUAGUAGAACUUCACCGACCAAGCCUGUCAUUCAAAGACUUUCAUGUUGUAUUUCAUUACCUCAAUGAAACAAAACUUCCUUUCAACACUGAGAAAUUAAUCAAUCUCUGGCCACCUCACUGUGGUACUCUCAAUACAAUUAAUGGGCAACCAGAUUAUUCAUGUUCUUUUACAAAAUUUCAAUCAUCAGUUCAAGGGACCUAUGCAACAGAUGUAUCAACUGAAUGCUAUGAAGAUAAUGCAAGCACUGACAGAACGACGUUGCCGAAGAUCAAACCUACAGAACCUAGAAAAUGCGUUGAAAAUUGGAUACAAUUGGCCGCUGACGAUGCUACUUGGAUCGUUCUUCGGUUCUCUUUGUACCAAUUUCCCCCUGUACACUCCCUG